UUAAAAUCACCCAGAAAAAAAGGAAAGAAAAAUGGGAGCAGUUCAUUCGUGAUGGUAUUGGUAAAGCACGAGCUUGUCAUGUUCCGUCUCCGUCUCUGCUCUAAACGACGAAUAGCCUAAAACCCAGCGAUCACUGCUCUCCCCUCUUCUUUUCUCCAUAGCUUCUCUCCCAUGGCGGCAGCCACCGCUGUUUCCUUCUCUGGCGGCGUCUCUCUUGUCUCUUCUUUCCCUCCUGGGAGAGUUCACAGCUCCGAUCUCGUCCAUCUGAAGUCAACUCCGCGACUGACCUCUGCAUCCACCGAUCGCCUCGGGGGGGUGAGGUGCGGAGCGGCGUAUCCCGCAAGUUUUCGGUUGAACGACCGAAGAUUCCGGCGGGGGGAGGAGGAGGGAGACGGCGGAGCGGCGGCGACUGCGGAGAACCCGUACGCGGAUGCGGAUCACGCUCGGCCGGAGCAGCGGAAGAGCUUGGCGGAUUUUCUGCGGGAAGCGAGAGGUUUUGUCGGCGGCGACGGAGGUCCGCCGCGGUGGUUCUCUCCGUUGGAGUGUGGCGCACGCGCUCCGGGCUCUCCUCUCCUCCUCUUCUUGCCUGGGAUCGAUGGUACUGGACUAGGGCUCAUUCGCCAUCAUAGAAGGCUUGGAGAGAUUUUUGACAUAUGGUGUCUUCAUAUCCCUGUCACGGAUCGUACUCCUGUCCAAGACCUGGUGAAGCUUAUCGAGAGGACAGUCAGGACAGAAAAUCACCGUUUCCCACAUAGGCCAAUAUAUUUGGUCGGAGAAUCUGUUGGAGCUUGUCUUGCACUAGACAUUGCAUCGAGAAACCCUGAUAUAGAUCUGAUCCUCAUACUAGCUAAUCCAGCCAUGUGUUUCAACUUCUUCAUGCUGCAACCUCUAUCGGGUCUACUGGAAUUUUUGCCAGAUGGAGCUCCAACAUCGGUGGAAGAAAUAUUUGGGGUUAAACAUGGUGAUCCAUUUACAGCGGUGAUAGACACUUUGGCAAAUGAAUCUGCUAUUCAGAGAAUAGGUGGGGGACUGUUUGGAGACUUCUUUGCAGCUUCAGCUCAUAUGCCUACUGUGGCAAGGAUCUUCUCCAAGGAUACACUUCGCUGGAGGCUGGAAAUGCUUAAAUCUGCUUCAGCAUCUGCUAAUUCUCACAUAUACGCAGUCAGAGCUCAAACACUGAUACUUCUGAGUGGACAAGAUCAAUGGCUGGUGAAUGAGGGAGGCAUUGAAAGACUCCGUCAGGCGUUGCCGAGCUGUGACGUCUGGAAUUUUAAGGAAAAUGGUCAUUUUCUUUUCUUGGAAGAUAGCGUAGAUCUGGUGACUAUCAUCAAGGCCGCCUCUUUCUAUCGUCGUGGGAAGUCUCAUGAUUUUGUCUCAGAUUACAUUCCACCAACUCCUUUUGAGUUCAAACAACAGAUCGAUAUAUAUAGAUGGCUAAUCACUGCUACUUCCCCUGUAAUGCUCUCCACUCUGGAAAAUGGUACAUUAGUAAGGGGUCUUGCAGGAAUACCUUCUGAGGGCCCUGUUCUGUAUGUUGGAUACCACAACUUACUUGGAAUGGAGAUUUAUCCACUAGUAAUUCAGUUUCUGAAGGAGAGGAACAUUCUAUUGCGUGGGAUGGCACAUCCAUUGAUGUUUCCAGGAAAACGAGCCUCGAAGCUUCCUGAAUUGCAGUCCUUCGAUGGACAUAGGUUAAUGGGCUCGGUUCCUGUCUCAGAGUUCAAUUUCUACAAACUACUUCGUUCAAAGUCUCAUGUGCUUUUGUAUCCUGGAGGUGUACGAGAAGCUUUGCAUAGAAAGGGUGAGGAAUAUAAGUUGUUCUGGCCAGAAGAUCAGGAGUUUGUGAGGAUUGCGUCUAGAUUUGGAGCCAAAAUCGUUCCUUUUGGGGUUGUUGGAGAAGAUGACAUCUUUGAACUUGUCCUGGAUUACGACGAUCAAAUGAAGAUCCCUUUCUUGAAAGAUCUUAUAAAGGAGCUAUCAAACGAUACUACCAGCUUGAGGAGCGGCGAAGAGGGUGAACUGGGAAAGCAAGACUUGUAUUUACCCGGGAUAUUACCUAAGAUUCCUGGGAGAUUCUACUAUUACUUUGGACAACCAAUAGAAACAGCAGGCAAAGAGAAAGAGCUGAGAGAAAGAGAGAAGGCUCAAGAGCUUUACCUGAGAGUGAAGGCAGAAGUGGAGAACUGCAUCGCCUACUUGAAGGCUAAACGAGAGAGUGACCCUUACAGGAAUUUCCUCCCCAGGCUCUUGUAUCACUCCUCUCACGGUUUCUCUUCUCAAGUCCCAACCUUUGAUCUCUGAUUUUUUUCUCUCUUCAAAUUGUACGUUCGAUGGUUAUUUACUUGCAUUGUGGUCAUAUUUUUACAACGCUAUUAUAAGGUAAUUCUUUUUUUUUUUUUU